GUGUCAAAUGAGGCGAAACGUUCAUGACAAGACAUAUCAACAAGUUAGGUUUCAACAUACUGUACUAUUGUAUUAACGUCCUUUUGAAGCUCAAGUGAAUUCUUUCCACAUUUUGUAGACCUCUACAUCACUGUGUUGUCCUCGUAGAUCAUUAAUGCCGAUCGAAUUAUUUCAAACAGGUUGUUUAUAAAAAUCAGGAACAACAGAGAGACGUAAGUUGUCACUUGUGAAAUCUACGAUGCUGAGACCUUCCAACUCGUGUGCACUUUAUUUACCUUACUACUACUAUUACUACUACUACUACCACUACCCGUUCUUUAGAUAGUUUAAGAGCCAAAAUAAGGGUCGAUUAUCGAACCUCAUCUUUGUAACCUUCAGUAUGAGAACUGCAUUAGGUAAUGUAUCAAAGGCUUUUGCGAAGUCUAGUAACAUUACAUGGAGAUACGACGUUCAACAAUAGUUUCGCUUUAUUUUAAUUGCUGUAUAAUUUGUAUGUACUGUGAUAUUUUUCCCGUGUUUUUGUAUGUAUGUAUAUUUUUCUCCGUACAUUCUUGUACUUGAUAUUUCGCUACGAUGGAUUAGACACUUAAGGUACUCAGGUUGAAUACUAUGUCCCCACCUUCGUUUCAUCUAAUGCUCUUCUGGCCAGACAACAUCGAAGUCUGGUUCUGUUAUGCAGAGAUCGACUUCUAUGACCACGGCGUGAACGACACACGUGCACAAUUCCUCGCAGUAGUCAAGGCACUACCGUGCGAAUUCACAAGGUACGUAACACCUAGCAUGUUUAUUAGUGAUGUCUUUGAACCCUACGAAACAUAUAAACCAUCUAUCCUUAAACGCGGAGAUCUAACCGAUCGACAAAGGUUAAACCAACUCCUUAAUAACAUCGACCUGCAACACGGUUCUGCGACAGACAUGAUCCUAAGAAUGAGAGAGGUUGUCGGCCGAAGAACUUUCGAUGAUGCCCUAUUCAGACAACUAUUCUUAUCCAAACUUCCUCAAAAGGUGCAAGCUGUACUGAUCUUGUUUCAAAACAACGCCGUAGACGAGCUGAUUGCAUCUGCUGACUGCAUCAUAGAAAUCACAAAACCUUCUAACGUCGAGGUUUUUUCAGUCAAAGAAAUGCUUCAAGCGACUCCGAAUAAAGUUACGGAACUAUAUCAUAGGUCUACAUGUUAUAUCAGAUUUUGUAAUGACCCUAAACGGUCACGAACCCCGCGAAGAAGCACUUCACGAGACGGAUAACCUUGACUGGUGCUGAUGUAAUAACCAGUAUGGAAAGUCAUCCAGAAAUUGCAGAAAAUCCUGCAAUUUUCUCAACCCAACAUCGACCGACACGAAAAGUAAUUGAAGAAACUUCCCGGCGGGCACGUGUUAAUGGCAACCGUAGCCGGCAAACAUAGCCGUCUGCUAUACGUCACAGAUGUGACCACGAAAGUUCGCUACUUCGUCGAUACUGGCGCAGAAGUUAGCGUUUUUGCAGCGAAUUCUGUCGACCGGCUUCACGAAUCGGUUUUAACCUACAGG